CGCUCAGUCCCCGAAAUAAAUGCCGCAAGCCUGGGUUCCGGUGGCUUUGCGCAGGCGUAAAUCAAUUCUCAGCAGCGGCGCUUCAUGAAUGUGUGCUCUUCACUUGGCUGCGCUACGCUCAAUGCAAUGGGCAGCACCAAAAAGUGUCCGCGCUGCUCACCUCGCACAGCUGCCGAUUCGGCGCCGCAACAAAGAUUCAAGAGAGCAGCGUGAUAGUUGAAGGCAUUGACUGCGGGAAUAGUCGCAGCUCCUCCACCAUGUUGGCCUGCCUUCAGCGAACACAGAACCCACCUUCGCAACGUUUAUCGUGUCCCAGUAAAACACUGGAAUCUAUGAAAUGUGAGUCAGUCGCACCCACGCAUUCUCCAAGGUAUCCUAGUCCAGCUGAACUUGAUGCUUAUGCCCAGAAGGUGGCUAACAGCCCACUAACAAUCAAGAUCUUUCCUACAAAUAUCAGGGUUCCUCAGCAUAAGCACCUUAACAGGACUGUAAAUGGCUAUGACACAACAGGACAACGGUACAGUCCAUACCCUAUACACUCUGGAGGAUAUCAGGGUCUUUUAGCAAUUGUGAAGGUGCACAGUAAAAGUGUGGUGAAAAAUACAGAUGGCAAGCGGACACGAAUGUCCCCAGCACAAGUCGGAAAUGGCAACAUCGGACCCUACCCGGUGCCAAGCACUUUAGCGCAGAGUCAAUCGUGUACUGGGCAAGCAAGUUACCACAACAGCCAGAAAUCUUUGGAAGGACCUGCUCCACCUAAUGUAACUGUUGCUACAUCUGUUAUUCCAAUUGGAGGACGUAGCUUGGCUCUACAGCAGUCAAAUCUCCCCUCUAUUCAAAGUAUCAUCUACCAGAUCAACCAGCAAUGCCAGGCUCAGGCAUCACAACAAGCUUCAGCUGCAGUCUGUCAGGGCUCUCUUGUCACCAAUCCAAGCCCAAUCACAGUAGCCAGCCGCAAUACAGUCAACGGCUUUACCAGCAUGAUUAAUGGAAGUGUGAUGUAUGCUGGAAAUGUUGUGUCUGAAUGCCGUGGAGGAGCAGAGUUGACAGCUGCUUCAGGUUUAGCUGCUGCAGUAGGUCCUAAACCCGGGGCCUAUCCAGAUGGAAUGGAUUAUUUACUAUGGCAACAGAAACAACAAAUCCGUAUAUAUUCUGGCAGUGGUGGUGGGGGAAUAAUAAGUAAAUCACCAGAGGUUUGUGGUGCUCCAAGACAAUACACUUUGGCACCUACUGUUGAAAAAGUUCCUUCAUCUCCCUUGAACUGUGUGGGCAUGCACUGCAACUUUUCAACGGGGCAGUAUUUGGCUGCCCCUUGGAACAGCGUACUGGUGACACCAGACAGUGACUGUUAUAACCCACAGGACCUCACAAAUGGCCACCGUGACCUUGUUCAUCCUUCAGAUGGGCUCACCACUGUCUCAAGUAGAACGCUAUGUAAUACCUCUAUCCUCAGCAGUAGUCUGCAGUCACUGGAAUAUUUGAUCAAUGACAUUCACCCUCCCUGCAUUAAAGAGCAAAUGUUGGGUAAAGGAUAUGAGACUGUAUCAGUACCUCGAUUAUUGGACCACCAAAAUGCUCACAUUCGGCUACCUGUUUACAGAUAGAGAAUUGCAGUUUGGAAAAAAAAUAGAAUGAUGGUGUUAAAUCUUUUAUAGAUAUACACAAGCCUCCAGCCUCAAAACAGCAAUCAAAGGCAAAUGAAGUCGAGUGUUUUAAAAUGUCCCAGGGAUUGCAAGAUGCUGAAAUGAGUUUGGUUUGGACGAAAGUAUCGAAUCUACUGGUGUUAACAAUGAAAGAUGGCUUUUUAAAAUUCCAUUAAAAUGGGGAUUGGGGAUUAGCAUUGGACAUCAGAGGACAAGUUGCUGUCAGAAAUGUGCAGAAAGCUUUGCCGUGUGUGCUGAUGAGUCUGCAUGCAGAAAAAUUUAAAUUUCCAAUCCUGCACUGAAUUCUGUGAACAUGUAGUCCUAGGAUCCUCGCCCUGGUUGCUUCGUCAUUGUCAUCUUCAAUUUGCUGUGGUUUCAAAAGAUGAGCUACUGCCAGAUUUCCUAGUGGAGAAUAGU